UAGUGUGCAUCAUUGGCUUCGUAGUCAAAUUCAUAUCGAAGAAAACUCAAUUAGAACUAACAAGAGUUGAAGAUCUCCUCUCGUUUACUACUUCAGUUUUUUCGAUAUUAACAUUCAAAAGUAGAAAGAUAAUCGAGAAUUCAUUUGCAAAACAAUCAUAAUGGCUCUAAACGUAUUGGCCUUUACAUUUGGAAUCAUGGGCAACAUCAUAUCAUUUAUCGUUUUCUUGGCGCCAGUGCCAACGUUUGUUAGGAUCUGCCAGAAAAAAUCUAUAGAAGGCUUUCAAUCACUUCCCUAUGUGUCAGCGCUCUUUAGCGCGAUGCUAUGGAUUUACUACGCUCUGCAGAAAGAUGGAUCAGGCUUCCUUCUGAUUACCAUAAAUGCCGUUGGAUGCUUCAUCGAAACCAUCUACAUCAUCCUCUUUAUAAUCUAUGCUAACAAGAAAGCUAGAAUAUCAACAUUGAAGGUUCUUGGACUCUUGAAUUUCUUGGGUUUUGCCGCUAUUAUUCUUGUCUGUGAGCUCUUGACCAAAAAGUCGAACCGUGAGAAAGUCCUUGGAGGGAUUUGCGUCGGAUUUUCCGUUUGCGUCUUCGCAGCUCCUUUGAGCAUCAUGAGAGUGGUGAUACGAACAAAGAGUGUGGAGUUUAUGCCCUUCUCUCUAUCAUUGUUUCUUACACUCAGCGCCAUUACGUGGCUCUUCUACGGUCUUGCUAUUAAAGACUUCUACGUUGCGCUUCCAAAUAUAUUGGGUGCAUUUCUCGGAGCAGUUCAAAUGAUUCUAUACAUCAUAUUCAAGUACUACAAGGCUCCAAAAACUGAUGACACAGAGAAACCCAAAACGGUGACGGAUCACUCCAUAGACAUGGUCAAGCUUGCAUCAGCAACUCCAGUUUCCGUUGAUUUGAUGGUUCAUCCCCAAGCUAAUGAUGGUGAUUUAGAGGGUCAGAUGGAAAAGAAUGUGACAAACCAAAUCCAAACCUAAGUAGUUUUUUUUAUAUUAAUGUUGUACUGUUGAGUUGUGUUUCACUAGAUUGUACUCUGUUGUCUUGUAUUUUUCCUUACCAUAUUAUUUCGAAACAUCUCGAAAUUGUAUUUUAUCCUUUCAAAAGUAUUUUUUAUA